AUGUUUGCUGCAGCAACUAAAAAUUUUGUGAAACAGGUUGGAGACACAGGGAGGUUGAUUCCAGUCCCCAGCCUGAGUGAAGCUGACCGCUACCAGCCCCUUAGCCUUGUUACGAGGAAGAGGAAGAGGCAUUUCUGGAAGAAGAACAAGUACGCCUCGACCCCUUUCUCACUGAAAGACAUCCUAGUAGGAGAAAAGGAGAUCGCUGCAGGUGUGUCAUCUUAUCAGCUUCUCAACUAUGAAGACAAAUCUGAUGUAGCCCUUAAUGGUCGAUUAGGUAAUCACAUUAUCAACGAUGUGGGAUUCAACAUCAGCGGGUCAGACUCUGUGGCAGUCAAAGCCUCCUUUGGCAUCGUAACCAAACACGAACUCGAGGUCCCCACUUUACUGCGUGAACUAACUUCCAGGAAGGUAGACCUGGAUCACUGCUUGGUUCGUCAGUCCAGGGAAAGUGGACGUACCGUCCUCUGUGUUGUAGUGGAGAGCAUCCGCACUACACGUCAGUGUUCUCUGACCGUCCAUGCUGGCAUGCGAGGAACAACCAUGAGAUUUCAGAUCGAUGACGGCAGAAAUCCCAAAGGUCGGGACAAAGCCAUUGUCAUUCCUGCUCACACCACCAUCGCCUUCAGCAUCUGUGAGCUAUUCUUUCGCCUGGAUGGGCGACUUGAUAUUUGUGUAGCUCCAGAGUCUCAAGGGGGAUUUGAGCGGGAGCAGAUCAGGGAGCAGCUGGGUGGUUUCAUCGGUCGCUUUUCAAUGGGUAGACUGCGCCGCUUCCUGUCUGGGAUUAUCUAUGGAAACCCCUUCAGAGUUGAUGACCGAACAUUCGAGGAGCUCACCCACUCCGACACUUACAUGGACGACAUGGUGACCGACUACUAUGAGAAGUCAGCCAGCAUGACGGAUGUGUCCACUGCCUACCUGAGGGAAAGCUCCCACACACGGGUCAACCUCCUCAAACACAACAUCCCCAAGGGCCCCUGUGCGCUGUGCGGCAUGGGGAAUCAGCGGCGGGAAACCGUCUACGGCUGCCUCGAGUGCUCCACCGGGGGCCAGAAAUAUGUCCGACUGCAUGUGGUGCCCUGCUUUGAUCUCUGGCACAAAACUCUAAGGUGAAAAAGACAAGCUU